AUGGAGGCAAUAAUCUUGCCGUUCAUCAUUUCCAAGCAAACAAAACCACUGUUCUUCCCCCAUUUUGUUAGUGAUGUGGAUCAUCAAAAAGCUGACUGGGUUAGUAUCCACGAGCGAAUAUGCCAGCUGCUGAUUCCAAUCCGUACAACCUGCCCUUUUCUCCUUUCUGAAAAAGAAAGCAAGCACAGCGCGGAACAGCUGCUGAAGAGGCAGGUUGUUUCUGGGCCCGGUGCUAGUACUUUGGUGACUGGCUCAUUGCUGUGGUCUUUCUUGGGAGCAUCCAGCAGGAGAACAUCUAAAAGGGGUAGAACCUGCAAAUACAUCAUCGAUCUCGCGUACAGCACAGCCCGGGAGUUUGUUUUGGAUGGAAAGCAUAAAGAAGCGAUACCUGCAGCUUUGCAUGCACUGCGUUUCAGUACUGAAGUGUACGGCUCAAGUUCCGUGCAAUUGGUGCCUGCUUAUCUCCUCUUGGCUGAGGCCUCCACUGGUGCUGGCCGUCUUCCAGAGGCAUCGAAGUAUCUCUCCCAAGCUCAGUGGAUUGUCCUCAGAACUCCAGACUGCAGCGCUGCUCUUCAGUAUAAAUUGCAUCGUGGUCUGGGGCUUUUCUGUGCUGCUGAAGGAAACUUGGAACAGGCUUUGUAUCACCUGGCGAAUGAUAUUUACCUUGCUAGUUCUGCGUUUGGACUGAAAUCUAUUGAGACCUCGGGAGGGUAUUUCCACAUGGCUAAUGUUUUCUUUCGCCAGAACAAAAUGGACAUAGCAAACUCACUCUACGCUGAGGUAACUGACAUCUGGCGUGCCUUUCUUGUGAGGUCAGUUCAAGCGCAGGAGCAAAUUCUCACGUCACGACCGGAAACAUCUCUGUUCACCGAGGACAAGGAACUGAUCAAAGAUCGUCUGACUGAAGCCCAGCAAGCAGAAGCAACCCGAGUACUGGCUGCAGUGUUAGAUGUCAGAGAACAGGCACCAAAGCAGCAGCCUGGGGAAACUGCCAGAGUUCUGCAUGCUCUUGCCAUGCUUUAUUACCUGACCACAGAUUUCUCCAAGGCUCGCGAGCUGGGGAUGAAAGCCUUUGACCUGGCGAAACAGCUGCCCCAACCAGAGUGUCUUGAAGCCAUCGGUCAUUUAUUAAACUUGAUUAACUCUGGGCCUUCCUACACAAAAUAAAGAGCUCCCUCUGCAGAUCCAGCUGGUGGCCAGGUUACCUGUUUAACUGGGAAAAAAAAAAGCAUUAUGAGCUGGAGGUCCUUCCUGCUGCCACCAUCUUCCCAGACGUGUCCCUUUCUGU